GAAGAGAGGUGUGUUUUCUGGGACGUUCGGAGGGUCGAUGAUGAUGUAAGAGGAGAGGGAGGGAUUGCCCCCAUAACGCUCAACAUGAACGCUCCGCGGCAAAAGGAUGUGUGAGCAAGCAGCGCGCUACUGCAGGGACGGUGUCCACAAACUGCUCCAAAAAGAACAACCGAAACUCCGGGCUCAGGACAACAAAGAACAACCAAAACCCGAGGCCGAGGAAAGCGAGUCAGCGACGGCUGCACAGUCUGGAAACAGCGGCGCCCAGCCCGGUGGAAUUGACGGGCUCGUCCGCUGGAUAGUCACCAAGAUGAGCGACAACAAAAGCAUCUCUACCCGGGAAUACGCGAAGGAGGAGGCAGCGGUUGCCCAAGAACAGUUCUUCGCACCAGAGCCACGGAAAGGCAUCUCUGUAAUAUUGGAUAUUUUCCGGAGAGCUGAUAAGGAUGAUGAUGGGAAGCUAUCUCUGGACGAGUUCCAGGCGUUCUUCUCCGACGGGACGCUGAACGAGGAAGAACUGGAGAAUCUGUUUCACACAAUUGACUCUGAUAACACCAGUAAUGUUGACACUAAGGAACUCUGUGACUACUUUGCCAAACACAUGGGUGACUAUGAGGGUGUACUGGCCUCCCUGGAGACUCUCAACCUGUCCAUCCUCAGAGCCAUGGACUUCACCAAGAAGGUGUAUGAACGAGGGACCAAUGUGGAGCAAUUUGUUACCCGCUUCCUGUUGAAGGAAUCAGCCAAUCAGAUCCAUUCUCUGCUGAACUCGGUGGAGAGUGCUGUGGACGCUAUUGACGAGCAGCACUGUAGUCAGUCAGGGUACCCUACUAAGGUCAGUCAACAGGUUCCAGAGAAAUGUUAUGAGAACCCAGUGCCUGACUACCCUCCUAACAACAGAGUCAGUGCUGCCAAGGAUGCUGCCCCAAGGAACAUCAACACUGCUACAGGGAUGGUGGAGGUAAGGAAAGAGACGCUGGAGGCACAGAUCAACCGACUAGCUGAGCUAAUUGGACGCCUUGAGAACAAGACAGUUUGGUUUGACCUGCAUCAGAGGCUAACAGACACUGAUGGCACAGCCAGCGCAUCCCUGUACCUGAUUCGUCAGGAGAUGACGGUAUCCCAGAAGCAGCUGGGAGAAUUCUGUGAGGCCCUGAAGCAGUACCUGAAGAAUGUCUCUGCUGAAAGAGACUGCUUCCAUGUGACUGCAGUGCGGCUGCCAGAUGGGCUCUCCUUCGUGGUGUAUGAGUUCUGGGAUGGAGAGGAGGAGUGGAAAAAGCACCUCCAGGCUGCAUCCUUCAAGGCCUUUCAACAUGUUAAAGUUGACACUCUGUGCCAGCCUGAGGCUGUGUCCACUGUUGCUGUGCCAGCCGCCUGGUGCAGCCUGAGCAGAGACUGAUGGGGGUGGGGACGCAUCGCCUAAGUCCACAACACCCCCAUCCUUAGCUCCCACAUACCCCCUUUACCUCACUCCCACCCCCACAAUCCCUCUUUCUCUCUUUUGUAAGUACAUGUUUACACAGUGUCUGUUUGAUAUUGAGACAAAAUGGAAGGCAUCAAUUGCAGUGAAUAUUAAACAGUGCAUUAAAGCGAGAUUACCGCCAUCCAAUGCAUUUGUUCAUUGUAUCGUUCACCCUCAAGUCAUUGUAGAAAUGAGGUGAACAGUUAACCUGCUUUUGAGGCUCUAGUGCAUGUCAUC